AUGCGUACCUCUGUUAUUCCGUGGGAGCGGAAAACAAGCUGUGCAAGAAGUCAAGGAAUUCCAGAAAACCUCCGAAGGAGGUCUGGUCCUGGGGCAGUGCCUCCUGUUGACAGAGCAGCCACGGUGCAGGAAUUGCCAGGAGUCAUGGGGACCAUCGCACCAACAGGACAGAAGCCCCAUGAUGUCUCCAUUCAUGACCCAAUGAGAAGGCCUGUGUUUGAGUCCCCACCACCCAGCUGCUAUCCCAGAUCCUUCCUGAUGCCACCCCCCGGAGUUCCCAUGGAUCAGGCUUCAAAGAAGAGUGGCAAAAACAAUAAUUCCAAGCUUGAGGAAGGCCUUGCUCAAAGAAAGAUGGAAGGCUUUCUGGAUGCACAGGAUCUUGAGGCUAAGAAGGAGGUUGCCACCUCUGUCUUCCCCUCUUGUUCUACCUCCUAUGCUUCUUGCCCUUUUCUGAUCCCAAGGAAUACGAAAGGAGAUUCUGCUGUUGGGGGCCCAGUUACCAUUCAGGGUCCCCGUAGAGCCUCUUGCUCUGCCACCGCCACAGUUACCUCAUCAGCCCAAUUAGAUCAGGGCUCCAGGAUCCAAGAAGAGCAGAAUCUGGGUUCUCCAAGGAUCCAGUCAGAUGCUGAGUCCUUGAUUAAAGAGAUCAUAGAUGAUAAGGUGGCUGAUUUUGUGCGUCUCAUGUUGAUUAAGUAUCGUAUGAAGCAGCCAGUCUCCAAGGCAGAAGUCCUGAAUCGUAUUGUCAAAAACCAUACAAAUUAUUUUCCUGUGAUCUUUCGCAGAGCAUAUGAGUGUAUGCAGCUGGUCUUUGGCAUUGAUAUAAAGGAAGUGGGCCCAUCUGGCCACUCCUAUGUUCUUGUCCCUACCAUGGGCCUCACCUAUGAUGGGAGGGUUGGUGAUAUCCUGAACAUGCCCAAGAUUGGCCUCCUGAUAAAUAUCCUGGGCGUGAUCUUUGUGGAUGGCAACUGUGCCCCUGAGGAGGAUAUCUGGGAAGUACUGAAUGCGAUGGGAGUGUAUGCUGGGCAAGAGCACUUCAUCUAUGGGGAACCCAGGAAGCUCAUUACCCAACACUGGGUGCAGGAAGGAUACCUGGUGUACCGACAAGUGCAUGAUAGUGACCCUCCUCGUUACGAGUUUCUGUGGGGCCCAAGGGCUCAUGCUGAAACCAGCAAAAUGAAAAUCUUAACGUUUCUGGCCAAGGUCAAUGAUACUAUCCCCAGUGCCCUUCCUACAUGGUACGAGGAAGCUUUGAGAGAUGAGGAAGCCCGAGCCAACGUUGCAGUGAGGCCCACUGGGUGGGCUGAGGCACAUGCCAAGGGCAUGCCCGGCACCUUCUGGCGCAAGUGA